GUAGUCCCGCCCGUCAAGGAGUUGCCAAGAGUUUAAGCAAACAGAUGAAUCCAGCCAAGAAAUGACAUUUCUGAACCGUUUUCUGUUCGCCAUAGCUAAAAACCACACAUUUCGUUGUAUCAAAAGUCAAGGAAUCGGUUUGCUACGGACACCAUUCAAGCUUAGAAACUUCAGCGAUUUGGCGAGAAACGGGUAUGACGUUGGUACAAAAGACUGCAUUCCAAUUUUACAGUCCCUGGGUGAUGCCGGGGACUUGAUCUCUGGCGAACAAAUCCACUCUUUCUUGAUCAAAACAGGGUCGAAUCAAGAAGUCUUUGUUCAGAACAAUUUGAUGAGGUUAUAUUCGAUUUGCGGUGAUUUAAGUAGUGCCCACCAGGUAUUCGACGAAAUAUCUGAGCCGAAUUUGGUUUCCUGGACCAGUUUGGUCUCUGCGUAUAUUCAUGAUGGUCGGGUAGAUACUGGACUGUGUAUGUUUUUGCGAAUGUUUCAGACUGGAUUGAUGCCAAAUGAGUUUGGGUUUUCUGUUGUGCUUAAGGCUUGCAGGAUGAUAAACCAAUUUGUACUGGGUGAGAGUAUACAUGGACUUAUAUUGAAAUGUGGGUUGGAGUUGAGUAAGUUCUGUAGCUCUUCCAUUCUUGGAGUUUAUGUGGAAUCUGGGGAUGUGAAAAAGGUUCGUAAGUUCUUUCAUGCAAUUCCUCAAUGGUGCAGGUCAGAAGCUUUGUGCAAUAUGUUCUUGGAGAGUUGUGUGCUGAGCUGUGAUUUGGUGGAAGCAAACAACUUGUUUCAACAAAUGGGUUACUUUAAUAUUAGACCCAACUGCUUUACAUAUGCAAUUAUGUUUAAAUUGUGUGCUGCGGCAUUAGUAGCUGAUUUUGCAAGGUCGUUUCAUGGUAAAAUUGUGAAAAUUGGUUUUGAAAGUGAUCUCAUUGUAGGAGGAGCGCUAGUUGAUUCCUAUACAAAUUUGGGAUUUCUGUAUGAUGCCUAUAAGGUUUUCAAAAACCUGGAAGGGAAUGAUAAUAUGGUUUUCUGUGCUUUAUUGGCGGGACAUAUUCAACACGGGAAUCCUGAUCAGGGUCUGCAUUUGUUCCUUGACUUCAUCUCAGAAGGUAAUAAGCCAGAUCCAUUUACCUUUGCAAGUGUAUUCAGCUUGUGCUCAAAGUCAACAAUUGAGGGUAUUGGUUCCCAAGUCCAUUGCAGUUUGAUCAAACAUGGUUUUAUUAUGGAUCCGGUUAUAGGUAGUGCCAUAGUCAACAUGUACGGAAAUAUUGGGAUGAUUUCUGAGGCCUAUAAAUGUUUCCUUGAAGUUGAAAGCAAAAAUACAAUAUGCUUUAGUGCUAUGAUCAACUAUUUUCUUUUAGAUUCUAGGCAUGAUAUGGCACUAGAAUUGUUUUUCAAAAUGAGGACUUUAGCUCUUGAACUAUGUCAGUCUACAGUAAGUUAUGUUGUUCGAGCUUAUGCACAUCUUAACAUGUUAAGAGAAGGAAAAAGCCUUCAUUCCUAUACCUUGAAACACUUCAUUGAUAUUGACUUGUGCUUGCAGAAUGCUCUGAUUGAGAUGUAUGUUAAGUGUGGGCUUGUUGAAAAAGCAGAGACAUUGUUUAAUGCUAUGAUGAUCCCUAAUGAAUUCUCAUGGACAACUGUUAUUACUGGUUACAGUGAUUUAGGGCAAUCCAGGAAAACAUUUUCAAUAUUUCAGAAUAUGCUUCUCUCACCUGUGGCAGUGACACCAAGUCAAUAUACUAUUGUUCCUCUCCUUCAAGUGUGUUGUUCAGGGGAAACAUUCCUUGCAGGAAAACAAGUUCAUGGUUAUGUCAUCAAAGCAGGUUUUGAACAUAAUCUAUUUGUUGGAAGUGCACUGAUAAAUAUGUAUGCAGGAUUCAAGCAUGAAAGUAAAAGUGCUUUUCUAGUAUUUAUAUCAAUGAGCCAACAAGAUAUUGUACUCUGGAGCUCCAUGAUAACAGCAUGGGCUCAAAAUGGAUAUUACCGGGAAGCUUUACUGCUCUUUGUGAAAUUCCAAAAUGAUUCCAUAUUUUCAGUUGAUGAAUCCAUUUUGGUGAGCUGCCUUUCAGCUUGCACAGCUUUAACAUCACUGGAGAUUGGAAAAUGUUUCCAUGCCUUGUGUAUGAAAACUGGAAUCGAGUCUUCUGUCCAUGCUGCAUCUUCCAUUAUAGAUAUGUAUAGUAAGUGUGGAAGCAUAAGGGAUGCAUACAAAUUCUUUGAAGGGUCGAGAAAGCAAACUGUAGUGACAUGGACCGCAAUGAUAUGUGCAUAUGCUUAUCAUGGGCUUGGAAUAGAAGCUAUUCAACUGUUUCAUGAGAUGAAAGCUGCUGGGUUCAAACCAGACGAAUUGACAUUUACCGGAGUUUUAACUGCGUGUAGCCAUGCAGGGCUCCUAGCUGAGGGUUGGAAGUUAUUUGAAUCCAUGAGAAGUGAAUAUGACUUGGAAGUAACCAUAGCUCAUUACACAUGCAUGGUUGAUCUUCUUGGUCGACUAGAAAAGGUAACCGAGGCAGAAGCUUUGAUAAAUGAAGCACCCUUUGAGUCAAAAACUCAACUAUGGAAGAUUUUGUUGGGUGCAUGCAGCACUCAUCAGAACUUUGAAAAAGGAAAACAAAUAUCUGAGAUGUUGAUUGAGUUAGAACCAAAUGAACCAACAACUUAUGUUAUGCUCUCAAACAUUUACGCUGCAGCCUCAAUGUGGAAUCACAAACUAGAGGUUAGAAAUAAAAUGAAGUAUGAGUAUGUACAGAAGGAGCCUGGGUACAGUAGGGUAGGAUUUGUGAGUUAAUUAUCUCUGUGACUCUGUCCUUAUGUAUAUGCUACCUUCAUGGAUUGCUGAAGAGACUGUUUGAGCUUGCACAUGCAUGGAUAUCGCAAGAGGCAGACAUCGCAGUGAAGAAAAGUCUCAGAUUAUUGGCUUAUUAUAUGUCUCUACUUGCAAGAUGCCAUCCAAACAAGGUAUUAUAUUAUGUGUGGGCCAGGGAGUUUGCAUUGGAAUGCGUGUGCUCUAGCUUAGCUUGGAAGAUCUUCCACUGGAUGUUGAUGAGCAUGAGGAGAAAGCUAAAGCUAGAAUCUUGGGCCUAAUAUGUUCAACUGUAAGUAACAAAAAGUUGCUUAAAAUUAAGGUCUUAUUCUUAUAUAUCAUAUAAUAACGAAUAAGCUUCUAAUUAUCAAGGAAAUUGACUGAAAUGUGAAAAAAUGGGAGCAAUUGACAAAAAUAUGACGUUUUUCAAAAGUUGACAAAAAUAUGAAAAACACGUUUGGAAAAUGGGGUGGGCGUCAGAAACGCAUUUUCCAAACUCAUUUGAAAAAAAUUCAUUUAUUUUCAUUUAUAUUUUUAUAAAAAAUAUAAAAGAGCAUCUAAUGCUAACACAUGUAUGUUAUAGAGGAGUGCAACAUUUUUUUUCCUCAACCCUUCCAAUUACUUUAUAUUUGAUCAGUCAAUGACUUCAAGGUUUAUACGUAUAUAAUUGAAGAAAUUAAACUCUUCGGGCCAAUUCAACUGAUUAAUCAAUUUAAAAUAAAUUCAUAAGUUUUAUUUUACAAGCAACUUAGAGAGGGAGGGAGAAAGAGAAGUGUAGAUUUGGAUGGUCUUAUUGUGUGAUACGUAGUAUACAAAUUAAAUAUUUGGAGAUCUAUAGGUAUUGAGACACAUCAAACAAUUUAUUUUUCUCACUAGUCUCUAAUAGAUGAUUUAUAAAUUAAUUAUGUUGCCGGCGAUGAGAGUAGAAGAUCAGACAAACAUUUAAAAACUGAGAGAACCCGCCAAACCCUAGAAGCUAGCUGUAGCUAAAUAUGAUCCUCAAUUUCCUCGAAACAUCAACACUUGAAGCCAAACUAGGUUGUAUAUAAUGUUUGUUCAAAGCUAAUAAGCUCUUAUAUCAUACAAAAACCCUCGCAUUAUCCGAUCAGGUAUUCGAUCGCAAGCUUCCGCGCAUAGUAAAUUAUUUAUAUUAUUGGAGGGUGCAAUUAAGCAUGGAAACUAGUCUAAUGGUGUUUAUAGUGAUCUGUGCAACGGCCGCUAAUUUUAUUUGUUGUUGCAUUCUGGCUUCGCGGAACAAGGAAGCAAAAAAUAAGCGUAACGCCGCCGGUAGGGAUGGAAACAUGGUUGUUCUAGCCGGUGCCGGCGCUGCUGUUGCCGGAGCGGCCGCUGUAACCGCCGUUGCUGCGUCGGAGUCUAACGCCGCCGAGGAGAAACGCAGGGAGGCUGAUGUUCAAAUUGAUGUUGGCGCCAUUGCUGAAGCUACCGGCGAAGUCACGGUGGGUUGUUGCUGUGGUGGUGGUGGUGGUGAUGGUAGUGGCUGUGGAGGUGGUUGUGGCGGGGAUUAAUUAGGGGUAAUGAAACAUUGAAACUGUA